AUACCAGCUUCUCGUUCUACAGAAGCGAGCUACAGGCGUUCUACAGCGAGCUGUACGUACGUUGGUGCGCGUACAAGUGUGCCAAGUGCAACCACUCGAAGCCGGCGGAAUACAGCCGUCGAUCUCGUUCUACACAGCAUUCGGCCUUUGCUCAGCAUUAUACAGCGGCUACAUUACGACCUCGUUGUUGACGGUGGAUGGAUAUGACUGUUACUCUCCGGCGCGUAAUAAUGCAGAUUGCUUUUCUUUCUCAUGUUUAAUAACCGCCACUCUCUCUCUCCCUCGCUCUUUUAACUGUGUAUGGGAAAACCAGCACGUUUCUUUGUCUUUACUGAUUAUAUUCUGCAUUAACAGUGGAAACGGUAAGGACUUGGCUCGUGUUUGGAGUGGCUACCCGCGCACUCACUGUUCUUUUAAAAAGACACUUGCCAUUUCCGCACUGCUAAUCGGUCAAACAACGGAUUGAUUGUGCGUGGUGUGUACUUUCUCAUCGCUACUUGUUGCUAAAGCGUUGUGUGGGAAUCCCUGCUAAAUUUUUCUCCAAUGGAUCGGAAGAAGGUCCUAACGGAGCCAGCGGCCGUCCGCGUCGGUUUCUCCAUCAAUCCCGAGAAGAACGUCACCGUGGAGAAUGACCGGAAGAAAUACCUCACCGCCAAAUAUGGUCAGCAUCAGAUGGCGCUGAAAAAGCGGUUAAAUGUGGAGUUAUGGCUAAUUGACCAGCUGUCCCUGCUGUAUCCCAAAGCGUCCACCGUGACCCCAUUAGAGUGUGACAUUGAUCUGGAUGAUCUGCUUGACCUUGAGCGUGAUGAGGAACGCCGGAAAUUUCUCAAAAUCAAACUGGCCGAUUGUCCCCAGUCGGCGCUUAUUGUCGGGCGGUUUAUUGAGGAUGUCCUCGUCAAGGCCAAGUCCUUGUAGAGAGAGCACUGUAUGGAAUUUCAUUUAUACCGCGUUACAACAUGUUCCAGCAUGGCACGCAGCGGAAUUUGUGAUUGUUUUUGUAAUGCGCGCGCGUUCGGCUGCCGCCCCGAAAAUUGUAUAAUCACGGCUCUGAUGGGCAAUUCUUUGGGGGAUUCAUCGGGAGUUUUAAUAUUGUGGUUAUUUGUGCAGCUACUUGAUUUUUCUCCUACACCGUACACACAUGCUGCUGCUGUAUAAAGCGGAAUUAUUUUGAUGUCUCUCACAAUGGCACGCCAAAGACAUUUUAUUCGUGUGGGGAGGAGUUGCAGAUUUUCCUUACUGUGUUUUCGUUUGCUUUCCUAUUCAGCUGUAUUGUUCGUAUGUUUUUUCUAUAAAGAAAAGCUUUGCGUUUCCGGUUUUGCCUCAGCGUUCGGCGGGCGGAGUGUUCUUGUGGCGGUGGUAUUUAAUUGACAGAUGUCCGGGAGUUGUUCUGUAUAUUACGCGUUUCUUAAAGAAUCCAUGCCGGUUAAAUCGAGUGCUUGCUCAUGCACGCCAUUUGACCGAUUCGCGGUGCGCCGGCUCAUGUUUAUAUAAUAUUAAUCAACGUUUAUGCUUGCAGUGAUAGUGGCGCUGGGUGGUGAAUGUAUGUUUCUCUCCUGAAUAAAAACAAACGGAU